GCAUUUAAUGCAGCUGUUAAACAAAAAAACAAUAAAGAUAAACAUUCUAGCUAGAGAACUUGAAAUAUGGACAAGGAUAAGCAGAUUGUGCCCAAUCAAAUUGGCUACUUGAUACUCAAAGAUGAUGGUGCCGUGCUAGAUUCAGGCGGAGAUCUGAAGAACGAUGAUCGCAGCGCCAAUGUAAUAAUGGGUCUGCUAAAUCUUACCGAAAGCAUCGAUGACAAUUUCAUGCCCAACAGCAGCUGCGAGCGCAUCAGCAUCGAUUAUGAGCACCACAGCUACAGCAUUUGCAUGUCGAAUCGUAAAAUUUACAUUGUGAAAUUGAGCAAAGGCCACGGCAACGGGGCCACAACCAGCUCGUCGUCCUCGACGAGCGUGUACAACGAUGCCAGCACUGAGCUGAAUCCGGCAAGCACGAGUAGCACCACGGUGCUGGCUUGAAAACAACAUCGGACGCAGCUCAGCGCGUGCUGUGGUUUCUGCUGGCGGCAGCCGGAAGCAAGAAACCAAAACAGCAGCAAAUACAAUUGGAAAACGCCAUUUAUUUAUCUAAUUCUACUGUUUAUUUGUCAAAGAAUACAUCAUCUGUGAGCUCCUGUUCAAAUAUACGCUUCGCCUCCUGCGUCACAUCCAAAA